AUGCAUCCCCAGUUGGAAUCACAAAGAUUUCAUUCAUGCCUUGAUCUUAUAGAGGCUUUGGAUAAAUGUCACCAAGCAGAAUACUACAAGAGGGCUUUGGGGCUUUGCAAUAACGAAAAGGAAGCUCUUUCAAAGUGCUUGCACCAGGCCAGGUAUGAAGUUGGAAAGACUGCAAUCUUGGAAAACCGGGAAAAGCAGAAGAAGAUGGACGCCAAGUGGAAGCAAAUUAAAGAAGAAGAGUACGGCGAGGAUGCUAUUCUCAAACGCAUUAUCCAGGAGCAAGUUGCCAAGAAGCAGAAAGAAAUGACAGAAAAGUCGAACUAA